GACGCCAUUACAGCUUCGGAGAUUUGACUUGAAACACAAAGGAUUAAUCAAGGAGAAAGAAGAAACUUUAACUUGGUGAGUUCUGGAACUGAGAGGUUUCUGUAAAAAAUGGCAGAAAAUACUGCAGUUUUUGAAAGUUACCUGAGCUGCCAUAUUUGUUCAGAGACUUUCAGAGAUCCUGUGUCUCUGAGCUGCAACCACAGCUUCUGUUCAAACUGCCUGCAGGAAUUCUGGGAACAAACUGGAAACAAGAACUGUCCCAUCUGUAAAAAAAGAUCUUCCAAGGACUUCUCAGGUGUUAAUUUCACUCUGAAGGAACUGGCUGAUUCUUUUGCUGGAAGACAAAAAAUGGGGCUAUCAGAGACAGAACAAGGAGAAAAGCAUCUGGUCUGCAGGAAACAUCAAGAAGACACUAAACUGUACUGUGAAGACGAGCAGAGAGCUGUGUGUCCUGUCUGUGAGUUUUCUCUCCACCAGAGUCACAAAGUGGUUCCUAUAGAACAAGCAGUCAGUGAGCUGAAGGAGCAGCUGAAAUCUGACUUAAAGUCUCUGCAGGACAAGAGGAACAAACACAAACAAGUGGAGAAAACAUACGAUGAUGUGAUUCAACACUCCAAGAAGCAGGUGUUGUCCACAGAGAGACAGAUCAAAGCAGAGUUCAACAAGCUCCACCAGUUCCUGAGAGAGGAAGAGGAGUCCAGACUAGCAGCUCUGAGGGAGGAAGAGGAGCAGAAGAGGAAGACUAUCAUGAGAGAGAUGAAGAGGAUUGAGGAUCAGAUCUCCUCUCUGUCAGACAGCAUCUCUGCUGUUGAAGAAGAGCUGCAGAAAGACAACGUGUCGUUCCUCAGCAGUUAUGAAGCCACUCAGAGCAGAGCCAGAGGUCAGAGGUCACUGCCAGAUCCACAGCUGGUCUCAGGAGCUCUGAUAGAUGUGGCCAAACACCUGGGCAACCUGUCCUUCAGAGUCUGGGAGAAGAUGAAGGACGAGGUCCACUUCAGUCCCGUCAUUCUGGACCCAAACACUGCUAAUGGAUGGAUCCGUCUGUCUGAUGAUCUGAUCAGGUUGAGACAUGGAGACUCAGAUCAGCAGCUUCCUGAUAAUCCAGAGAGAAAUACUAAAUACUCCACUGUUUUUGGUUCUGAGCGCUUCAGCUCAGGGAAACACAGCUGGGAUGUGGAGGUGGGAGAUCAUCCUCAGUGGAUUGUGGGUUUGGUUAAAGAGUCUGUUGACAGGAAGGGGGAAAGAUCUCCUACAGCAAAUUUUGGAAUUUGGUGUUUAUCGUGUCGUGAUGGAAAAUACAGUAAUGGUGAUGGUAAGACACUUAAAGAAAAGCAGAAUCUCCAGAGGAUCAGAGUCCAGCUGGACUAUGACAUGGGGGACGUGUCCUUCUACAACCUUGAAGACAAGACUCACAUUUAUACAUUUAGAGACACUUUCACUGAGAAUCUCUUCCCAUUUUUCAGUGUUGGAAAAACUGCUGAUGCCAAAACUUCUGAUCUCAAAAUCUGCCAAAGGGAAAUUUGUUUGUAAUGUUCUGUGUUGUGUAAUGAUAACCUUGACCCAAAGCAAGUUAUUAGUCCUAUGAAAUCAGUAACAAAAUAAUUAUUUUAUGAAUGUUUCACUUAAGUGUCUUUUUUAUUUUGGUAAUGAAUGUAAAACAUUAAUCAUAAAUAUUUUGAAGCUCAUAACAGAGUUUGGGGUUAAAAGUAAUCAUUAUAUUUUUUGAGGUUUUCACUUUAGCAGGAAAUCUGUGAAAAUAUUCAGGUUCAGUUUUCUCUGUGACUUAUUGUUGCUCAUUGAUAUUUGUUUUCUAUUAAGAAAUGUAAAUCUUAUUUCUAUAAUCUUCAAACUCCUGCUGGAAAUUGUCUCUGUUGAUUUAUUUUACAAGUUUCUUUAUUAAUUAUACACAUUUAUCUAUUUUCUUUGACUGUUGAAGAAAAACUGUAGUUGACUGACCUUCAAAUUAAAGUCUGUAAAUUAGUCCAGUUAUUUAUGCUGAUUGGAUUCUUUUGAUCACAUUCUUUUUGUUUUCUGAAACAUUUAUCAAAACCAGUUUAUGUUCAGCAGCAGAAAAGUAAUAAAUACAGAGUUUUUGUUGUAACACAACCACGGCUAGGCUAAUAAUCACUGAUGGUCAGGGACCAGUGGUCAACCAGUGGUUCUGUUGCCUUCCUGUUCCCUUGAAAAUAAGCUCUCACUAAAGAAGAAAAGAAUAUAAAGCUGAUAAGAAAGAGAAAGGACCAGUACAUUCCUCUCAGCACUAUGGGGAACUAAGUGGAGAGAGUAAAAACCUUGGAUUAAUGAGGAUCUCGCCUUGUGCCACAAAACAUACUUUAACACCAGGAAGGCUCAACAGAGACUUUUCCUCUUAAGGAACCAUCUGAAGAAAUUCAGGCUGUCAUCCAAACUCCUCACAAACUUCCACCUUUCUACAGUGGAGAACAUCCUGGCAAACACUGUCACAGUGGUUUGGGAACAAUAUUAUUCAGGAUAAGAAAGCUCUCCAGUGUGACAUUAAAACUGUACAACUUAUCUGUGGAGCUUCUCUUCCUUCACUGCAGGAUAUUCAUAAUAACUGGGUCACAAAGAGAGCAGGAGACAUCAGAAACCAAACUCAUCCACAGUGCUUGUUGUUCUCACAUCACGGAAGUGUGAAAGACAGGACUAAAGAUUAAAAAACAGUUUUUAUACCCAGGCUAUCUGACGUUUAAACUAAAAUAAUCUGAUAUGUGACUCUGAUUUCAGUUUGACUUGGAACA